UCUCAUCUUUUCUCCACGAGAAAUAGCCCAAGGGGCCCAAACGCCCAAACCUCAGAAAACCCCAAAACCCUAGUAGCUUCGCGUCCGUCUUCGCCUCCCCACGACACCGCCGCUCGCUCGAUUCCCGCAGCCAUGGUGCUCGGCCUCUACCCCUUCACCGACAUCGCCGCCGACGGCGUCCCCCGCCUCGACGCGGCCGCCGGCGAGAAGGUCGUCCGCGUCGAGCGCGCUGCCGCGCUUGCCCUCGGCCCCCGCGCACCGGAGCCCCCCGGUACCCUCUUCCUCACCACCAGGAGGGUGAUCUGGGUCAGCGGGGCGGAGAAGGGCAAGGGCUACGCGGUGGACUUCGUCACCGUCUCGCUACACGCCGUGUCGCGCGACCCCGAGGCGUACCCCUCCCCCUGCAUCUACACGCAGAUUGAGACAGAAGAUGGUUCCGAUGAGGAGUCUGAUGAUUCAGAUUCUGAAACAAAUGGAGAAAUAGAGGUCUCAAAAGUCACUGAAAUGCGCAUCAUACCUUCAGAUCCUGGUCAAUUGGAUGGACUCUUUGAAGCAUUCUCUCAUUGCGCUGAGUUGAAUCCUGAUCCUAAUGCUGAGAGUGAUGAAGAGAGUGGCUGGGUUCAUGGUGAUGAAGGUGAUGAAGAUAUGACAGAUGGAAGUGACAUUGAGUGUGAGUUUUCAGAUGUCAACCCAAUAGGUCAAACUGAUGACCAUGAUAUUGCUCAUGCUGUAGUUAAGCUUAAGAUCAAUGAACAACGUUUUGAGGAUGCAGAGGAAGAAGACCAGGAGAGCCAUGGAAACGGGCACUAGGAAUACGUUUAUUGUCCUCAAGGAAGCAAUAUAAUUGGUUCUUUGUACAUCGCCAUUGAUGCAGCAUAGUUCGCCCCAGAGACUUAAGUUUUUUUUUUAACUCUUAUUUCCCUGGUGUCAUUAACUCCUGUGGACCACCUUGUAAACAUGCAUUAAUGGCAAAAUAUGUGUGAAAAGUUCUUGCUACUGGUCAAGAAAAUUUUAGCUGUAGUCUUUUAGACCGUGCUGAAGGUCUUCAUAUAGAAUUGGGGACAAAUAGUUACUCUCUUUUGUUGUAUGUGUAUUGUGUACCAUAUAUCCAUGAUCAUCUAGGUUCAUACGGACACUGACUAUUUUACAUACUAAA